CUGGAAGACUACACCCCCCACAAUGCAUUGCGUUUUCAACAUGGCGUCUCACAUUGCCGCUUGACUUCUGUCAACAAGACCAAAACACAGCUAAAGCUAAAUAGGACAGCGUAGUGAGGUUGACAAAUGAUAUUACAGGCAGGAGGAUGAAACCGUUGUUGGCAGUAUUAAAACGAAUCCGCAAACCAGCUGUUUACACCAGUCACCAGCGAUGUCUGAGCUCCUGUGCCAGCAGCGGCCUGUUAACGUUACCUAUCCGAGAUGAGGCUCUCAUCGUCGGGUCAAGCCGGGAGCUUGUGCAGAGACUUGGCUCACAGGUGGAGGUGAAGACGGCCUUCAUCACUGAGGAGGAGGAGGGGGCUUUUCUGGCAGAGCUGGAGCCAGGCCUGAAGAAGAAACGCUACGAAUUCGACCAUUGGGACGAUGCUAUUCACGGGUACAGAGAGACUGAGCGUGCGAAGUGGGGGGCAAAGUGUGAAGAGGUCUUGAAUCGUGUCCGAUCAGUAGCGUUUCCUGAGGGUAGUCAGCUCCUCGGGCCUGUGCACAUUCUAGAUCUGGAUAAGACUGGCUAUAUCAAGCCUCACGUUGACAGUGUCAAGUUCUGCGGUAGCACUAUUGCUGGGUUGAGUCUCCUGUCAGACAGUAUCAUGCGCUUGGUGAAGGAGGAUGCCACCAACGAAUGGCUGGACCUGCUGCUGCCCCGGCGCUCCCUCUACAUACUGAGGGACCAGGCCAGAUUUAACUUCACUCACCAGAUCCUGAAAGACGACGAGUCUGUGUUCAAUGGACAGAGAGUGCCUCGGCUGCGUCGUAUAUCUGUCAUCUGUCGGAACCUUCCGAUGUAAAACCCACUUCCACUCAGCUUGGAUAUGAAUGUCCAGGCCAUUAUUUAGCAGUUGAGCCACUCUCCAUACUGUGCUAUUGAGAAAUAUUUAUUGGGUUGAAUCGCACCGGAAAGUGAAGAGUACUAAAAUGAACCAGCGAUGGCUGAUUUAAAUAAACAGCAGGUUUCUACACAAUCUUCCACAACAACUGUGCCAUCUUGGCUGUAGUUUGAACAUCAUUUCAAUAACCGCUCACUUCUGCAAAGGAUGUUAGCUUUAAAUGUAUAAAAUAUCUGUUUAUUUAUACAUUUGUUGGUUCAACAUUAGAAGGCAGGGAGGGUCCUUUUGAUUCUGAAUCGUGUUUUUGUGUAUUCUCAUCACUUUGAUGUGUUCCUCUACUUCUGUAUAAUACAGAGACCCCUGUGAAUAAUUUCCAAAUAAAAUGAAAGAGAACUUGGCUUA